AUGUCAGAGCUUUUGCCUCAGAAUCUCUGCCAGAGUGAGGCUGUGGUUCUCCGAGAGAUGGGGUCAUUGUUAUUAUUCUUCCAGUCUCCAAGGCAAAAUACAUCGUGUGACCAACCAUAUUUAUUUCAACUUCUUCCUCUCAUUUAUAUUGACUUAUUAAACUUUAUUCCUGCUUCCUUGCCUGAACUAAGAAGUUAUACUAAGAAGAAAUGCUUUGAAGAAAAAAAAAAGAACCCCCGAGAAUGCUGGGCUGUCCCCUUGGCUGCAUACACGGUGCUAAUGAGGUGCCUUUGGGAAGGGGAAGAACGUGUUGUGAAUCACAUGGCGGCAAAGAUCAUUGAAAAUGUCUGCACUACGUUUUCCGCUCAGGCCCAGGGCUUCAUCACUGGGGAGACUGGACCUGUUUUAGGGUACCUAUUCAAACAUUCCACGGUUGAUUCUCUUAGGAUAACAGCAAUAUCGGCCUUGUGCAGAAUCACUCGCCAUUCUCCUACUGCCUUCCAGAAUGUUAUUGAGAAGGUGGGACUGACCUCGGUAAUACACUCCUUGGCCUCUGCCAUCUACAAAGUCCAGCAGUACAUGUUGACCUUAUUUAAUGCAAUGCUGUCCUGUGGGAUUCAUCUUCAGAGGCUAAUCCAAGAAAAGGACUUUGUCUCUACAAUUAUCCGUUCUGACAGUCCCUCCACUUCCAUUAGAGCCAAAGCCUUUCUGGUUCUAUUAUAUAUUUUGAUUCAUAACCAGGAGAUGCUGCUACUCAGCUGCCAAGCAAGACUGGUGAUGUACAUCGAGAGAGACAGCAGAAAGACCACUCCAGGCAAGGAGCAGCAGAGCGGCAAUGAAUACCUGCCCCGAUGCCUUGACCUGCUCAUCCGUCACUUGGUGCAGGAGCUGCCACGUAUCCUGGGUGACAUUCUUAACGCCCUGGCUAACGUUUCUGGUCGUAAACACCCAUCCACAGUUCAAGCGAAACAGCUGAAGAUGUGUCUCCCCCUCAUGCCUGUAGUGCUUCACCUGGUAACAUCUCAGGUAUUUCGACCUCAAGUUGUAACAGAAGAGUUCCUUUUCAGUUACGGAACUAUUCUUACUCAUAUUAAAUCAAUAGACUCAGGAGAAACUAACAAAGAUGGAGCUGUAGGAAUGAUGGCAUCAGAAGAAUUUAUCAAGAUCACGCUGUCGGCUUUUGAAGCAGUGAUACAGUAUCCUAUUUUAUUGAAAGACUAUUGCUCUACGGUGGUUGAUUAUAUCCUGCCCCCCUUGGUGUCACUGGUUCAAAGCCAGAAUGUGGAGUGGAGACUCUUCAGCUUGCGGCUACUCUCAGAAAGCACAUCUCUGCUUGUGAACCAGGAGCCUGACGACAGGAAGGAGGUGGCGCAUGUCGACUCUGACAACAAUCUUCUGGCUCUAAUUAGAGACGUCUUACUUCCCCAGUAUGAACACAUCCUCACGGAGCCGGACCCUGUACCAGCAUAUGCUCUGAAGCUGCUGGUUGCCAUGACUGAACACAACCCAACUUUUACCAGACUUGUGGAAGACAGCAAACUGAUCUCACGCAUUUUUGAAGUAAUUCUGGAACAUCAGGAGAACAUUCUGGGUAACACCAUGCAAAGUGUGGUUGCAUUGCUCAACAAUCUGGUUGCCUGCAAAGAUUCGAAUAUGAAGCUACUUUAUGAGCAAGGACUGGUCUGUCACGUCUGUAACCUGUUCACUGAGACUGCCACACUGUGUUUGGAUGUGGACAACAAAAACAACAACGAGACUGCAGCCGCCCUGCUGUUCUCCCUGUUAGACAUUCUGCAUGGCAUGCUGACCUACACUUCCGGAGUCGUGCGGCUGGCUCUGCAGGCACAGAAAUCCGGCUCAGGAGGGAGCACUCAGGCCGCGGAAGACCUGCUGCUGCUCGGCAAGCCUCUCAUAGACCUCGUCAGCCUGCUCAUCCCGCUGCUUCCUAACGAGGAUCCUGAAAUUUUUGAAGUUUCAUCCAAGUGUCUGUCUAUACUCGUUCAGUUGUAUGGAGGGGAAAACCCAGAGAGCCUGUCUCCUGAAAAUGCAGAGACCUUCGCUGAUUUACUGACAUCCAAAGAGGACCCAAAGGACCAGAAGCUUCUGUUGAGGAUUCUCAGAAGAAUGAUCACCUCUAACGAGAAGCACCUGGAGAGUCUCAAGAGCGCAGGGAGCCUCCUGCGGGCUCUGGAGGGGCUGGCCCCGGCCGGGGGGUCAUCAGCCAACAGCGCAGUGGCGUCCUUGGCCCUGGAGAUCCUCCAAGCUGCUGGACGCUAGGCAAGAAGGCACUCAGCACAGCCUCUCUGCCGUCCCUACCCCCGGCUACACACACUCCACAGGUCACCAC